UGGGACUGGUUUAAGUCACCAGGAGUGUCUGACCGCUCUGACAGGUCUCCAAAUUCCUCCCAGUCGCCUGGUGCCUGCAGCGCGCUUCAGAGCUCCAGGGUGGCACGCGGCGGCACUUCCCUGGAUCCAGAGGCGUCUCUGUCGACUUCCAAGCGGCCUCAGGCCUCCCUUCUCCUCCAAACCUUCGCCGCACCCUGCAAGCUUCAGUUCUCAACCUCGGAUACCCGCACCGGCGGCUCCUCUUGGUUCUCGGAGCUCUUGGCUUUGGAGCCCACCCUACUUUCUCCUUCCCCCGCCUCCUGGUCCUCCUAGCUCCGAGCCAAAUGGACUCCAAAGAACGAAGUAAAGGGGAUGGGAACUGUGUGCUGCGACCCUUCGAAAGCACAGCUGGAAGCGUUGACCUCGUCUUAUAGCUCAGGCUGGGACCCUGGGGCUAGAGUCCCCACACCCUCUCCGGGAGGAAUGCUUCUGGCCAGAGCCAGCGCUGAGCUGUCAAUCCUUGCUCCAGAUCUAGGAAGGAGCCAAGGAGUGAGCCUCAGCAUACCCCUUCCUCCAAAUUAACUAUUUGGUGACUUGUUAGCGCCGAGGCUACCCCUGCUCCAAACCUGUCGCAGGGCGCCCCAACACCUCACCGUGCCCCCCUCCUCCUUCUUUGCUCCCGCCCCCAGCUCCGCCUCUGCUCCCCAUCCCGGCGCAAUGGAGUUCUCCGAAGGGCGAUGAUUCCAACCACAUCUGCUAACUUCGCACCCAUCGCUGCCGCCGGUCACCCCCGGCCGGGCCCCCUGAAGCUGCGGAGCAGUGGGCGUCCGGAGCCCAGUGCUGCAGCCAGGACCCGCCCGAUGCGCAGCAGAAGCUUGGCGCCCAGGAGCCUAGGCGUCUCUUGGAGAGCAAAGGCUGCGCCAAGACGCUGAGCCUAGAACCAACCAAGGAGCCUGUGUCCAGGAAGGGGCUGCGUGGCUCGGAGCGCUGCAGCUCCUGCGGACAAAUAGCCACUGCCGCUGCGUACCCAAGCUGCGCCAACUGGCGGGAGAGAGGCGCGCAAGGACGCGGAGGUCCGCCGCGGAUCUUCCAGGUGCCCUUUGCCCCUGGGCACAGUAUGACCUGACCUACAGGGAGCCCUGACCCAGGGCUCCUGCAACGGGGCAGCCUAGGAUAGAGGGGAUCGCUGCCAAGCUCCUACUAGGCCGCCUUCGAGUCUUUAGGAACCCCCUCCUCCGGCUGCCUCCCCAAGGUUCUGAGCCUCCCUCCUGCGGCCCAGCGCCAUGGAGCUCUCCGGUGUGCGCUGCCUUACAGGCAGCGAGGAACUCUACACCAUCCACCCGACGCCCCCGGCCGGCGACGGCAGGAGCAGCUCCCGGCCGCAGCGGCUGCUGUGGCAGACGGCGGUGCGGCACAUCACGGAGCAGCGUUUCAUUCACGGGCACCGGGGAGGCAGCGGCGGUGGGAGCGGAGGCUCCAGCAAAGCCUCGGACCCCGCGGGCGCCGGCCCCAACCACCACCACGCGCCGCAGCUGUCAGGCGACUCGGGGCUUCCCCUCUACUCGCUUGGCCCGGGAGAGCGAGCGCACAGCACCUGCGGCACUAAAGUCUUCCCGGAACGAAGCGGGAGCGGCAGUGCCAGCGGCAGCGGGGGCGGGGGCGACUUGGGCUUCCUGAACCUUGACUGUGCCCCGAGCAACUCGGAUUUCUUCCUCAACGGGGGCUACAGCUACAGAGGGGUGAUUUUCCCCACCUUACGCAACUCCUUCAAGUCUCGGGAUUUGGAACGCCUCUACCAGCGCUAUUUCUUGGGCCAGAGGCGCAAAUCAGAAGUGGUGAUGAACGUGCUGGACGUGCUGACCAAACUCACUCUCUUGGUCCUGCACUUGAGCCUGGCCUCCGCCCCGAUGGACCCGCUCAAGGGCAUCCUGCUGGGCUUCUUCACCGGCAUUGAGGUGGUGAUCUGCGCCCUGGUGGUGGUCAGGAAAGACACCACCUCGCACACGUACCUUCAGUACAGUGGCGUGGUCACCUGGGUGGCCAUGACCACCCAGAUCCUGGCAGCAGGCCUCGGCUACGGGCUCCUGGGCGACGGCAUAGGCUACGUGCUCUUCACGCUCUUUGCCACCUACAGCAUGCUGCCGCUGCCGCUCACCUGGGCCAUCCUGGCCGGCCUGGGCACCUCACUGCUGCAGGUGAUCCUCCAAGUGGUCAUCCCUCGGCUGGCGGUCAUUUCCAUCAACCAGGUUGUGGCCCAGGCAGUGUUAUUCAUGUGUAUGAACACAGCUGGAAUCUUCAUCAGUUACCUGUCAGACCGGGCCCAGCGCCAAGCUUUCCUGGAGACUCGGAGGUGUGUGGAGGCCAGGCUGCGCCUAGAGACAGAGAACCAAAGACAGGAGCGGCUGGUUCUUUCUGUGCUCCCCCGGUUUGUUGUCCUGGAAAUGAUCAACGACAUGACCAAUGUGGAAGACGAGCACCUGCAGCACCAGUUCCAUCGGAUCUACAUCCACCGCUAUGAGAAUGUCAGUAUUCUUUUCGCAGAUGUUAAAGGAUUUACCAACCUCUCCACGACCUUGUCUGCUCAGGAGCUGGUCAGGAUGCUCAACGAGCUCUUUGCCAGAUUUGAUCGACUGGCCCAUGAGCAUCACUGCCUUCGUAUUAAAAUCCUGGGGGACUGCUACUACUGCGUGUCCGGACUUCCUGAGCCCCGCCAGGACCAUGCCCACUGCUGUGUUGAAAUGGGUCUCAGCAUGAUCAAAACCAUCAGGUAUGUGCGGUCAAGGACAAAACACGAUGUUGACAUGAGGAUUGGAAUCCACUCAGGCUCGGUGCUGUGUGGUGUUUUGGGACUAAGGAAGUGGCAAUUUGAUGUCUGGUCUUGGGAUGUGGACAUUGCAAACAAACUCGAAUCUGGAGGAAUCCCUGGGAGGAUUCACAUUUCCAAAGCCACGCUGGACUGUCUCAACGGUGACUAUAACGUGGAAGAGGGUCAUGGUAAAGAGAGGAAUGAAUUCCUGAGGAAGCAUAAUAUAGAGACUUACUUAAUUAAGCAGCCUGAGGACAGUCUGCUGUCCUUGCCUGAAGAUAUUGUCAAAGAGUCAGUGAGCUCCUCAGACCGGAGAAACAGUGGGGCCACGUUCACUGAAGGAUCCUGGAGCCCUGAACUGCCCUUCGAUAAUAUCGUGGGGAAACAGAAUACUCUGGCUGCCCUAACAAGAAAUUCAAUAAAUCUGCUUCCAAACCAUCUUGCACAAGCUUUGCAUGUCCAGUCUGGGCCUGAGGAAAUUAACAAGAGAAUAGAACAUACCAUCGACUUGCGGAGUGGCGAUAAAUUGAGAAGAGAGCAUAUCAAGCCAUUCUCACUGAUGUUUAAAGACUCCAGCCUGGAGCAUAAGUAUUCUCAAAUGAGGGAUGAAGUAUUCAAGUCAAACUUGGUCUGUGCAUUUAUCGUUCUUCUGUUUAUCACGGCAAUACAAAGUUUGCUUCCUUCUUCAAGAGUGAUGCCAAUGACCAUCCAGUUCUCCAUUCUGAUUAUGCUGCACUCGGCUCUGGUCCUCAUCACCACGGCAGAGGAUUACAAGUGUUUGCCCCUCCUCCUCCGGAAAACUUGCUGUUGGAUUAAUGAGACCUAUUUGGCCCGGAACGUCAUCAUCUUUGCAUCCAUCUUGAUUAAUUUUCUGGGUGCCAUCUUAAAUAUCCUGUGGUGUGAUUUUGACAAGUCGAUACCCUUGAAGAACCUGACUUUCAAUUCCUCAGCUGUAUUUACAGAUAUCUGCUCCUACCCAGAGUACUUUGUCUUCACUGGGGUGUUGGCCAUGGUGACCUGUGCAGUUUUCCUCCGGCUGAACUCUGUCCUGAAGCUGGCAGUGCUGCUGAUCAUGAUUGCCAUCUAUGCCCUGCUUACUGAGACCGUCUAUGCAGGCCUCUUUCUGCGUUAUGACAACCUCAACCACAGUGGAGAAGAUUUCCUGGGGACCAAGGAGGCCUCGCUGCUGCUGAUGGCCAUGUUCCUUCUGGCUGUGUUCUACCAUGGACAGCAGCUGGAGUACACGGCCCGCUUGGACUUCCUUUGGCGAGUGCAGGCCAAAGAGGAGAUCAAUGAGAUGAAGGAGCUGAGGGAACACAAUGAGAACAUGCUCCGGAAUAUCUUACCCAGCCACGUGGCCCGCCAUUUCCUAGAGAAAGACCGAGACAAUGAGGAGCUAUAUUCUCAAUCCUAUGAUGCUGUUGGGGUGAUGUUUGCCUCCAUCCCAGGAUUUGCGGACUUUUACUCUCAGACUGAGAUGAAUAACCAGGGAGUGGAAUGCCUGCGCUUGCUGAAUGAGAUCAUUGCUGACUUCGAUGAGGCUCCACGAGUCUAAUGAAAGCAUUCUGUGGGGGAAAUACUCAUGCUACACUUCAUUUCCAUCCAUGAAGUUGACAGAAGUGGGCCUUCUCCUCCCCCAUUCCCCAUCCUGAAGGACAUCAGAGUCCAUCCAGCUGCUGAAGCCUGAAGUGGGAAGUGAUUCAUUGAGAAAAUGCUAUGGAAGAAGCCAAAUCCCAGCCUGACCCCGAGGGAACUCAGGCACACAAACGGUACAGCUGUCUCACACCGAGGCAGGGGCCAGGCUUUUGGAUCCCAUGUUGGUCAUGGCCUGCCCUGGUAGGGGUACAUGACCUCCCAGGCAUUUCCAGCAAGGGGGUGCUCAUGAGGCCAGGCAGACUCUCCAGAAGAGGAUGCAGCAAUGCAUUGUUGGUAGCCGGCACUCGUGGCAUUUUGGAGGAUGGCCCCACGAAGGAGCGUGAGGUGGGAAACACAGCAACUGCCGCAGCACUCUACACAGCAGCCUCUCCCUCCAUCCCUACGCUUGAUCAGCUGCUGAGCCUGGUGAAGUCCUUCUUUCCAUUGUAUAUGUUUGUGUGCAAAAUGUGAUGCUUUGACACAUGUAUACAUAGUGGACUUAUUAAAUUAACCUAAUUAACAUCCCCGCCAACUCACGUGUUACCACUUUUUUGUGGCAAAAACAUUUAAGGUCCACUCUCUUGGCAAUUUUCAAGUAUCCAAUACAUUAUUACUCUAUCAUUACACUGUAUUAACUAUAGUCACUAUGCUAUGCAGUGAAUCUCCAGGACGUAUUCCUCUUGUCUAACUAAAACUUUAUACCUUUAACUAAGAUCUUUCUGUUCCCACCAUACCCCCCAGGCUCUGAUAACCACCAUUCUGUUCUGCUUCUGAGUUUGACGUGUUUAGACUCCAUGUAUAAGUGAUAUCAGUGUAUUUGUCUUCUGGGCCUGGCUUAUUUCACUUAGCAUCGUACCCUCCAGGCCCUUCCAUGUUGUUGUAAAUGACAAGUUUUCCUUCUUUUGGUGGCUGAAUAGUAUUCCACUGUGUGUGUGUGUGUGUGAGUGUGUGCGUGUGUGUGUUUGCAUGCAUGCGUGUGCACGCACGUAUGGAUGUGUGUGUAUCCAUUCAUUUCUCAAUGGACACUUAGGCUGAUUCCAUAUUUUGCCUGUUGUGAACACGCUAUGAUUAACAUGGGUGUGCAGAGAUCUCAUCAAUUUUCUUAAUUGCUCUCACACCUGCCUUUCUCUCACCAUCAAAGCUACUUAUACCUUGCUUCAGGACAUAUUAUUUCUCUCCUAGAUAACUGCAGUUACCUACUAUUGGCUCUCCCUGCCUGCAUCUCACCAUUAGCAACCACCAAAGGCAGGAGUAUUUUGUCACAUCCUUUUGAAGCCUAAACCCUUCAGUCAGCUCUAGCAGGUCAGCAGGGGCCUUGCACUCACUGUUCCUGUCUCCUCUCCAGUCUUACCUCUCUCUGCAUGCCACCUGGCCAGCACCAUCUGAGUGCUUACAAGCUAGCAAGCCCACCUGGCUCUCACACACUGCACUUUCUGCCUGGAGGCCAUGCCAUCCUCACCCUUACCCCAUCCUCUCCCCCUCAACUCCAUGGCCAGCUGAAAAGCUAACAUUCAUUGAACAGUCAAUGCAGUAUUACUUCUACUUUUGAAGGCUUUUCUAACUCCUGUCUCUACCCAGAUAAAUGUUGUCACUCCUUUUUUUUUUUUUUCUCGAGUCAGAGUCUUGCUCUGUCGCCCAAGCUGGAGUGCGAUCUCAGCUCACUGCAACCUCCAUCUCCUGUGUUCAAGCAAUUCUCCUGCCUCAGCCUCUUGAGUAGCUAGGGGUGCAUGCCACCAUGCCUGGCUAAUUUUUUGUAUUUUUAGUAGAAACAGCAUUUUACCAUGUUGGCCAGGCUGGUCUCAGGCUCCUAACCUUGUGAUCUGCCUGCCUCAGCCUCCCAAAGUGCUGGGAUUACAGGCAUGAGCUACCAUGCCCGGCCUUCACUCCUUUUUUAAUUGAAAAUGUAUACUCUAAAACAUCUUCUAUCAUAGAGGCUGAAACCCUUCAGUACUACCCUGUCUACCAUCCACUGCCCACUUAGCUCUAGGGCAGAAACCUGUGUUAUUAAUCCCUAUAGGUUUUUACGUGUGUUUCCAGAAACGCAAGCAUUUUCAAUACAUAUCACUUAAUAGUGAUUUAUCUCUCACACAAACCCUUAGGCUAGGAAUUAUUAGCUUUCACUUUAUAAAUAAGCAAAGCUGAGACUUAGACACACCAAGAAUGACCAGGAUCACAUACCAUUAAGUGGGAAAGCCAAGAUUUAAACUUCAGUCUCCCAUACUAUUUUGAUGUGUGAUCAUUUGUGUUGCACUGUUUCUCACUUACCUGGCACUUCAUGGUAAUGAUUUUGUAGCCGUAAGCUUAAUCAUGGCCAUUGUAGUUGUCUUGGGAUAGCUGUAGGGGGUCAAGGUGGAUAAGACCUAAUCACUUCUUGCCUCCCAAGGCUUCACCAUACAAUGGGAGGCAGGGUGACUGUGAGUUGCUCUUACACAAGAAGUCACUGGUAAGUGUCCUAGUACCGAGGGCCUUGCAAGGUGAGGAGGGGAAGGCAAUUUUGUGACAAUAGCGCCUUUAACUCCUAUCUCUAUGCUAGGCCACAAGCUCACUAAAAUGGAAACCAUAUUCUUGUAGCUGGUUAAGUCUCCAAGGCCUAGCUCUGUGUCUAGCACAUAAGAGAUGGACAUGGCAGAUGCUUGCUAAGUACUUACCUAAAGAACUAAUUAAUGGGAGGACAUAAACAGGCAGAUAGAUGAAGAUAGGUUAAUGUAAUUCAAAACAUACUUAACAAUUUCUAAUUACCCUAUUAAAAAUAUUUGACUAAAGAUUAAGACGUCAAGCUUUGUUGUAGUUUAAACUUUAUAGCAGAUGUGUCCAUCGUUUUGGCUUCCUUGGGCCACAUUGAAAGAAGAAUUGUCUUGGGCUACAUAUAAAAUACACUAACACUAACGAUAGCUGAUGAGCUUUAAAAAUUCGCAAAAGGAAAUAUCUCAUGUUUUAAAACGGUUUACAAAUUUGUGUUGGGCCACAUUCAAAGCCAUUCUGAACCACAGGUGAACAAACCAUCUUCCAAAGCGACCCAUCUUCUAUAGCAACCCAUCUUUCAGAAAUGCUCCCGUUCACAUUUUAAAAUUGUAAUGAAUAAAGUACAUUUGAAUUACAUUUGCGUCUCAGUGAACCGAAUUAUAGACACUCUGGAGUCUUCCAAAGCAGAGAAAGAGAGCAGUGCCCCCUAGUGGUUGAAAUUGGUGUUUGCAGAAGGACGUUAGAGAAAAGGGGUUUGGUCUAGGAGGCUGGAUUGUUCAGAACCUGGGCUUUAGACUAGGAGGAAAAGUGUGAAUAAGAGAAGGAGGGGGAGAAGUAGAUGGGGAGGAGAGGAGAGAGAAGAGAGACAGCGAUGAGGAGAAAAGAGGAGGAAAGGAAGGAGGUGGAAGAGAAAGGGUGGAACAGGGGAAGGUGGAAGGGGGAAGGUCAGGGAGAAUGUAGUCAACAGGAAAAAUAAAAAUGUGGCCUGAAUUGCCAGCCCCAAGCACUCUCCACUUUGCCUGUGUGGGCCCGUGGGUCACUCAGACAUGCCGUUGUUUUGUUUUGUUUUUGAUCAAGAGAGACCCUCUAGAUUCUGCCUGGCCAUGUUCACUUCAGUACUGACGCUUCUCUUCUAGCUGAUAUAAUCACCACCAGAAACUGAGAUCAUGCAAAAUUCUUUCCUGGCUCAGAGGAAACCUAAACUCUGCACAGAUCACACCCUCCAAGACUGUGUUUGCAAUAACCCAACUCAAGGGCUCCUCACCCCUCAGCCCCUACCUCAACAAAAUGCCAAAGACCCCUCUCACAUCUCACUUCUUCAUUUGUUCUAGUGAACAGUGGGCUGAUCAGGGACCACAGUAUGAGCCCAGACACUUUUAGCUAUAGAGUAAAUCAAUCUGCUGCAUGGACUCCAAACUCUCCUUUCUGACUCCAAACUAUCUUCUGAGGGAGAGGCUUACCCGAGCCUGAAACUGGCUCUCGGCCAAGUGGUUCUGAUGAGAAGAGAAGGAAAAGUACCUGCUCUCCACAGGACCCCAUCAGAUCAGUCCACCGCCAGUGGGAAGCUGCAGGAAAGUAGCUACAGGGAGGCAGAGGGAAGGAGGUGAGCAAUUGAAGAUGUUCCAGGAUUUUUAAGUGGAAACAUUAGCAACUGAAGAGCUGCCACAACACCACAUCUGUUUUGUUUGUGUCUGAGGGCAAAGGUCAGUCAUGAUGCAAGACCGAAGACCUGAGGACCCUGGGCACAAUAUGCAGAAUCUCAGUGGGAGCAGGAGAGGGGCUUCACUUUAGUUCAGGAAACAAAAAUAAUAAACGAAGCCUGCCUAUGCUGUAAAUCAGGUUACACACACACACAUACACCAAAGCAAAGCACCUACGUGUGUUCUCCAUGUUCCCAGAAGAGUUUCUCUCAAGGAGGAAUUUUCCAAGUUUUCUUAGCUCCUGAUUAAUUUUGAAACAAUGCCUGAAACAAGAGAGUCUAUGAAGAACCCACCUUUUCUGCUGCAUCUGCUUGUCUGUCCUCCUCAGGAUGACAUGAGACCCUGAGGAUAUUACAAUCUUAAAUGAAGGUAAAAAGUUAGAACAUCAGAAAUUGCAACUAAAUGUCUGCCAAGAGUCAGAAUAAGAAGACAAAGUUUAGACUUGGAAAUCAGUGAGGUUUGAGUUGGAGCCUAGCUCUCCCACUCAGGGCUGGCUUCAUGAGCGUGCAGCCUGUGCAGUCACGAAAGGGACCCACACUUGUUUUAACAUUCUGCUGUUGUUCUCAUGUAAGUCUUAAUUUUUGAACAAGGUGUUCCACAUUUUCAUUUUGCACUGGGCCCUGCAAAUUAUGUGGCUAGUCCUGUCUCCCCUUUCUCACCCUGGGAUCUUGGGACAUACUAUUUUACCACAUGGGGACUCUGUUUAUUCAUCUGCAGAAUAGUUCUGAGAAUAGCAGGCUCAAAGUGCCACACAGAGAAACAGAUGAGCAAUGGAGGCAGAACCCCUAGUUCUGUGCACCAAUGUAUGUGGACACCCCCUCUUCCAGUCUACUUUUUUAUUUUUUAUUUUUUUUAAUUUAUUUAUUUUACUUUAGGU